GUCACGCCUGUUCUGUAACACCGGACGCACGCGGCGGUAGCGUCCGCCAGGCAGUCAGACGCUGUCGUGCGUGUGUUGUUUACAGCGCGUGGAGCCGAGCGGAGAGUCUCUGCAUGGAGCUGCGCACCGAGCCGGUGGUGGCGAGUUUGGAGAUGUCUGCGCUGCAAGGCGGUGAAGCCGAAGGCGACGGCGUGGGCUCAGAGGACGACACUUAUGAGAGUUUACCUCUGCACGCGUCCUUCAGCACGCACAUGACAGCCGGCGCGGUAGCAGGAGUGCUCGAGCACACGGUCAUGUAUCCGGUGGACUCCGUUAAGACACGCAUGCAGAGUUUACAGCCAGACCCGAAGGCUCAGUACCGCAGCGUGUACGGAGCUCUGAAACAGAUCAUGACGACCGAGGGCUUCAUGCGGCCCUUCAGAGGCCUCAACAUCACUGUAUUGGGGGCGGGUCCGGCUCACGCGCUUUACUUUGCGUGCUACGAGCGCAUCAAGCACAGCCUCAGUGACGCCAUUCAAAAUGGCGGCAACAGCCACAUCGCCAACGGCCUGGCCGGAAGCGUCGCCACCGUGCUCCACGAUGCCGUCAUGAACCCUGCCGAAGUGGUGAAGCAGCGCAUGCAGAUGUAUAACUCGCCGUACCGAGGCCUGUGGGACUGCGUGCUGACAGUAAGCCGUAACGAGGGCAUGGCUGCCUUCUACCGCAGCUACAGCACACAGCUCACCAUGAACAUCCCCUUCCAGGCUCUGCAUUUCAUCACGUACGAGCUGACACAGGAGCGCCUCAACCCUCAGCGCCAGUACCGGCCGGGAACGCACGUGGUGUCGGGCGCGGCAGCGGGCGCCGUGUCGGCCGCUCUCACCACACCGCUUGACGUGUGCAAGACGCUGCUGAACACGCAGGAGGACGUGGUGUUAAAUUCGGCUCGUGUCAGCGGCCACCUUUCGGGCAUGGCUAAUGCCUUCAGGACAGUCUACAGCCUGGGAGGCUUUCCCGCCUUCUUUAAAGGUGUGCAAGCGCGCGUCAUUUACCAGAUGCCUUCGACGGCCAUCGCAUGGUCCGUCUACGAGUCCUUCAAGUACUUCCUGACCCGGGAUGAACAGAACAGCUCGGGACAGGACAGGAUGAGGCGGACAUGAAGAACCCGGAAAGGAACUUGUAGACCAAAUCAGCAACAAAUCCCAGAGGAGACCCCUGUCUCUCACGCCGUUUGUCUCGACCACACUUUAGUGUAAAAUUCCGAAACGUUAUUUAUCGGAAGACUUUAUAACAUUUACAAACAGAAAAAUGUUUGUAGGCUAAUAAGCAGUCACAGCUAAACACGCACAAACAUGGACUAAAAGAAAGGAGAGCAAUAUUGUUUCUCCUGACACGUAACGGCAGCACUUGGGGUCGUUAUCUUUUAUCUUAAUUAAACCUAUUAGGCUCUGUGUCAGCGUCUAGCGAGCGGACGGUGUCAUGGCGAGCCUUUGGAUUCCGUUUCAUACGCGAUCCUCGGCGACGACAGACAAGCAGACCAACUUUUUUGAGCUUCUCGGGAUGUUGGAAGUCCUGUAGGUCUUUUGUUAGUGAGCAGCUUUGAAUUUACACAAGUGCUUUUCUUUGACAAAAACACUGCCUUUACUUCAUACAAUUGUAUCCUACCUUAACACCUGCAGUAUCUAGUCGGCGACAUCCCGUAGUUUAAACUCCUGACGUGCGGAGAUCUUGUAGCUUAAACACGGUGAACUACUGACAGGUACAUCGAUAGGCUUUAAUAUUACAGAUAUACAGUAUAUUAUAAAAUGUCGGUCUAUAGCUAGAUGAAAAGCACGUAAAUGUGUCUCCUGUAAGUGGCCUUGCGAUUUUGUUCUGUAUCCGAAGCUUCAAAUUGUCUACUUUCCCUAACGUACAGAAACACUAGGCUCGAAUGUUCGCAGAACACACACUCCGUAAGAAGGUACAAAAGCCGUUAACGGGCAGCUCGGCAAACCGUUUCGGAGAUUUCAAAGUGUAACCGUCUCGUCUUCGAGCAUCGAGUGCAUAGCAUUGAAAUUACGCACAACUAUAUAAAGCUCCUGUAACAUAUUUGGUGGGUUAUUAUAAUGACAAAGAGGUUCCACCUUUUUGUCUUUUGAUUUUUUAGCUCUGAUUUUAGAGCACGCGCGUAUGCCGGUCUCGGUGGUCCGACGCUCACCAAAACGUAGGCUUCUUGUUUUUACGUUUCCUUAAAUCGACAUUUCAGAUGUAUAUAUUAAGGCAAAUCUCGUAGCGGAAACAAAACGAAACGGAAAUUUUUUUUUAUCACAUCAUGAUUUUAUUUCCUUGUGGACAAUCAGAAUCUCGUGGUUUUAUGAUCUAUGCAGCUUUAUCCCGUUUUAACUAUGGGGUAAAAACAGGGAUCUUUUUGUUCACUCGUGUGGGUGAAGAUGAUUUAUCGUGUACAUUUGGCAAUAUAAACCUUUCUAUUUAACAGAAGGUCCUUUAUUUGUUGCUUUACGUUCCCCCUAAAUGUCUGUCCAGAAGUGAUGGACAUUUGCUUUCAAUUCCACUAAUAUUUUUUUAAUUAUUUGUUUUUGUUUGUUUGUUUGUUUUUUAAUUAAACAUUUAUUGGGUUUAUUUUCCAUCGCCUUGUGUAGUAUUGAAACGGUGUAUUCUCGUAACACCGGCUACGUUUACAUGCAAACAUUUACACCGAUCCGAACGAAUUCAACCAAGUGGAAGAUUUUAGGACUGCAGGAAAGAUGAUUUGAUGGAAAAUUUAUUAGAACAUUUCCCUGAUUUUCAGAAGAAAGGAAGCGGCUCCGAUAAGCAGCCGGAAAAUAAUCGACAUUCUGAAAUCACCCCAGGGAAAAUUAGACGUGCUCACCCCUGUCGAUCACAGUGACAUUAGCCAAUCGUGUGCAUCUGUGGGCUCAUGUAUGCGGAAGAGGGCAGAUAGCGCUUUCCUUAUAGAACGUGUCACGACUCACAAUUGAGCGGCACUUUGAACAGAUUUAAUGGCUGGCUUAGUUUGAAUUUUCCCCGGUUGGUAGCAGUGUGGUUUUGGGUGGGAAAUUCCAGCGACCUAUCUUGGCGGAAAACAGACGGGGGAAAGGGAGGGAGGUCACUGGGGGCCAAAUAUAUAUUUAAGAACCUUUGGGCUAAGAGACUUGGACUUUACCAGUGCAGCAGGGAAUUAGUGACCUCUCAGCAACGAAUGAUAAAAUAUUUCACUCAUCAGCCAGAGAGCAUCCGAGUAAAGGUCAUUUUAUUUAUUUAUUUAUAUUUACCCUGAAGUUCUUAUGUUAGCAAUAUCAGCUAUCAAUGUCAACUAUCGUCAGACGAUUCGACUUCCUGCGUCUUCUGCAUCCUCAGUGAAUGUCUGGCGAACUGUCUACUCCAUGAGCGUCCCAUCGUAUCCAUCAUAUCCAUUCCAUUAAAGCAGAAGCCACAUGAAUGUCUGUUUUAAAGCCAAUAUCAACUGAAUAAACAGGUGAAAUCUGCCGUGCCUUUCUGGGUUUCUGGAUUUGACCGAGCUCCCCUUCUUUACCCGAAAGUAAAGGAUAUUUCAUUUUAAAUCGGUUCUCCAGUAACACCAGUGUUUUCACACAUACAUGACUCUGAAAUGAUUUACAUCACUGUUGUUCUUUUAUUUCUUCUUAUUUGAACGGAUUAACAUCUUUCCUAAUGUUAUUCGGAUUGGCCUUUAUUAUGACCGUGCAAUCUGGAUCAUUAACAGAUCUUUCGGCUUGCUGAUGCCUUUUGUACAGUAUUCCAAGACCCAAAGAUUCAGAGAUAAAUCUGUACAAAUAGACGUAUGUUAAUAUUAUUAGAGUUCAUUAGGUAUAGUUUCUUUUGAGGAUCUUUAAAUUCCUCUUUUAUUCCACAGCUUAUGCUCGCGUUAGAUGCGUAGAUGCGCCAUCAUAAUCCGCUUUUUCAGUUCUGCCGCGCUGACUGAGAAGGAAUAUCUUGAUAAACGCACAAAACUUUGCUUCAGUUGCUUUAGAUGUUUUUUUUUUAUAUUUUCAUCAUGAUUCCCAUCUGGCUCGAUUCUCAUUCCAUUGUGAAAACCCUUCUUGUCAUUAAUGUGAAGAAUCUGAUGAAUAAACAGUGCUGCUUUCUUCACAAAACGAUACCAGGAAGAGUUUUGAACACAGUGUCAUUUACAGUACUAAAUAUACCAGGCAUUGGAGAAAAAAAGCUAUCAUGCGAGUUUGAUUUGUGAAAAUGCUGCUACAGUUUGUAACACUGGAGCUGAAAUAAAGAUGUAAUUAAAUGUU